AUGGCUAGGAUGUUGCUCUCUGUCUCUGCAUUCAACAGUCCCUUCUUCAGCUACUGGGAUGAAAUGGAGGAAGAGCAAGAUGAUGAGAAACCAGAUUCACCUGUCAACGUUGAGGAUUGCCCUGAUGGAGGUGGAGGACUACUUCAGCAGGUGGCUGCCAUUGCGUUGGAGGAGCCAGUCCCCCUUGGUCCAGCUCAGACAACUGCUCCUUCCCAGGCACUAGCAAACCCAUAGUUGGAGCUAUGAUCCUCAAGACAUUGAGAACAAGAUUAAUAUUGGCAUGUGAACAAUAUAGGUUGAUUGUGCUUCCAUUCUUCUCAUAACUUUUUUGUGGAAAUUUUGUGUUUCAUUUGCAUUUGCAUUGUGUAAAGCCAAUGGUGUAAUUAUUUUGUAUGUCUCCACAACAUUGUGGGAAUCUCCUCCCCCAUCUUGGUCUUUGCUGUCAAUUGUUGGAAAAGAAACAGCUUGAAUACAAUUUCAUAAUUUUUCUA